GCAGGGAAGCAGCUGGAUGUACGCGAACCGUGACCUGCAAUUAUUUAUCAUAUUCAUUUUUUUUUUUUUAAUGCAGAGGAGCUGUUUAUACAGGCGUUAAAGUCACGAACGACCAGUGCACGGGCUGUUUAUUUAAUGCCCGAGAGAAAAUAUAAGUUUGCUAGCCUGGUAUUAGCUUCAUGUAACUGAUGACUUAGCUUGAAGGCUAGCUAGGUAGGUGAUGAUAGCGGCGUCUCAGCCGCUGGAUUUUUUUUUUGUUUAUUAAAUAGACGUUUGUCAAUCGGCAUUAAUUAACUUCUGACUGGUUGACCCGCACUGAACGUCACAUUUAAGAUAAGUUGUUACCCUGCUAUUGUCUUUUAGAGUAGUUAUGCGGUAUAGGUGUAACUCGAGUGUCUGUCACUAAUGUUAGCUCGCAGAUUAGAAGAUUCCGGGUCGAGCCAGGAAAGGUUUUCUCUGCUGCACAGACGCUCUAAACACAAAAUAUUGCUUUUUAAAUGUUGCAGCUCGGUUUUAAAGUGUUAAGAGGAGUCAGGCGGAGCUACAUAGUACGUUAUUGUAACUUCUUGUAACCCCGUUUGAGCGACGGUUUACUUCUCUAUGACAUAAAGAGCCAUGUCUUCAUGGGUGUCUGAAGCAGGAGAAUGAGUGCUUGCUUGCGAGGGAGAGGAUGCCACCGUCUUUCACUGAAGACUGUCCUGCUUAAUAUAUCGAUUAGCUGACCAUCAACUGAGGGGAGGAUUGGGAAGCCUACAGAGUCUCAGCGUGAGAAGCUAGCGCCCCCGGCUUUCUUAAUUAGUCUCGAUCAGCUCCUCUGUCCCAUGGCUGCUGUUAGUGGGGUCAACAUGCUGUCCCAGCUCGUAGACGUGGCAGGUCCAGGAGGAGCAGGGCUGCCCGCUGUGUCCUUAACCAACUCGUCGGUGCCCUCCAGCCCGACGCCAGGUACUGAUAACCGGGGGUGCGAGAAUGGCGCCUUGAUGGACUCGUUUGGGAUUUUCCUGCAAGGACUUCUCGCCGUGAUGGCUUUCAGCACGCUCAUGUUGAAACGCUUCAGGGAGCCCAAACAUGAGAGGAGACCCUGGAGGAUCUGGUUCCUGGAUACCUCAAAGCAGGCCAUAGGGAUGUUGUUCAUCCACUUUGCUAAUGUCUACUUGUCUGACCUCACAGAGGAAGAUCCCUGCUCACUAUACCUCAUUAACUUCCUGUUAGAUGCUUCUCUGGGCAUGUUGCUGAUCUACGCUGGGGUGAGAGCUGUCAGUGCUAUUGUAGAGUGGAGGCAGUGGGAUUCUCUGCGUUUUGGAGAAUACGGAGAACCAGUGCAGUGCACAGCAUGGUUGGGCCAGUGUAUCCUCUACAUCCUCAUCAUGAUGUUUGAGAAAGUCCUUAUCAUGCUGGUCCUCCUCAUUCCCCAGUGGAAAAAGCUGGCUCUCCUCAACCCCAUAGAGAAUCCUGAUCUGGAACUGGCCAUCGUCAUGCUCAUCGUUCCAUUCUUCGUCAACGCCCUCAUGUUCUGGGUGGUAGAUAAUUUUCUAAUGAAGAAGCACAGGACAAAAGCAAAGCUGGAAGAGAGAGAGGAGGAUUCGCGGGGAAACAGCAAGGUGCGCUACAGACGAGCUCUAUCCCAUGAUGACUCGGAGUCAGAGAUCCUUUUCUCAGCAGAUGAUGAAAUGGAUGAGUCAGAUGAAGAUGAUGUUCGUCGGUUAACUGGCCUGAAGACGGUGAAGAAGAAAAAACUUCGCAUGGGGAUCCCUGUUUGACCUGUGUGCCUCGCUAAAGUGCUACAUUCGAAUUUCCUCUGGUAGCUGUUCACCACACAGGCCCACACAUACAUUCCCCGUUCCUCCACAGGUUCUGAUAUCAACCUCUUUUCAAACAUAGGAUGCUCUCUGGUGGCAGAAGACUUUACUGUUAUUGGAAUCCCUGCACUGUUGACUCCUGGAGGACUCCUGCAUAAACUGUUAAACCUGGGAUUUAAUUUAACAAGCUGGGAGACAUUUCUGCAGUUAACCUGGUACUUUGGAUCACUGUUGCAUUUUGGCACUCCUGUAGCGCGUGUUGAGUUUAAAGAUGUUUGGGAAAAGAAAACUCAUCUACCAUGAGCAUAUUGAUGUUAAAGCUUAAAUGUGAGUCAAGUAGGAAAAAGGUAACACUGGUUUAAUACUGUUUGGACUUCAGUGGCAGUGUGUAUGAUAUUGUGUCCAGGACCAGGUUAGUUAGACAAAUCUAAAUGGCCACAACAGAACCAGACAUAAUGCAAACAAAUCUGUUGACGCAGUUGAUUACAUUUUAUACUGUAACAUGUCCCCUAAAGUGAUUGUAUUCCUGAUGUAGUUUCAAUGUAAACGUUGUGCUUUGUUUUCUCAUGUUGACACACCACCAUGGCCUGUGUGUGUGUGUGUGUGUGUGUGUGUGUGUGUGUGUGUGUGUGUGUGUGUGUGUGUGUGUGUGUGUGUGUUGUGUGUGUGUGU